AUGGCUGGGUUGGCUGUCAUCCUAGGGGCAUUCUGGGGAGUUUGCCUCCUCAGCAUUGCACUUCUCAAGUGGAAUGAGCUCCGGUACCGGAAGAAAGGCCUCCCGCCCGGCACCAUGGGCUGGCCCGUCUUUGGCGAGACCACCGAGUUUCUCAAACAAGGCCCAAGCUUCAUGAUUAACCAGAGAUCAAGGNAUGCUCGAUAUCCUCGGAAAAUGCAAUAUUGCAGCCGUGCACGGCCCAGCCCACAAGCACAUGAGAGGGGCCUUCUCCUCCCGAAGAUCGACGAUUUCAUGAGAUCCCAUCUCCGGAAUUGGGACGACAAGAUCGUCGACAUUCAAGAGAAGACUAAAGAGAUGGCGUUUUUAUCGUCUCUUAGGCAGAUUGCGAGCAAGGAAGCAGGAUCGAUAUCCCGGGACUUCAUGCCCGAAUUCUUCAAACUCGUGCUCGGGACACUUUCGCUGCCGAUCAACCUUCCCAAUACAAACUACCGUCGGGGGUUUCAGGCGAGACAGAACAUCACGAGCCUGUUGAGAAAGCUGGUGGAGAACAGAAGGGCCUCCUCGGGAGGAAAUCAACAAGACAUGCUCGGUUUUCUGGUCAGUCCGGAGAAUAGAUAUAAGCUGAAUGACGAGGAGAUGAUUGAUCUAAUAAUCACGAUUCUGUAUUCGGGAUACGAAACCGUGUCGACUACUUCGAUGAUGGCUGUUAAGUAUCUACACGACCAUCCAGAAGUGCUUGAGGAGCUAAGGAAAGAGCAUAUGGCUAUAAGAGAAAGAAAAGGGCCCGAGGAUCCUAUUGAUUAUAACGACUACAAAUCGAUGCGGUUUACACGUGCUGUCAUAUACGAGACGUCGAGACUAGCCACGAUCGUUAAUGGGGUUCUGAGGAAAACAACGAGAGAUAUGGAAAUAAAUGGAUAUCUCGUUCCCAAAGGAUGGAGGAUAUACGUGUACACAAGGGAAGUUAAUUAUGAUCCUUGCCUUUAUCCAGAUCCAUUGACAUUCAACCCGUGGAGAUGGCUGGAAAAAGGCCCUGAAAACCAGCAGCAUUUCUUGAUUUUUGGGGGCGGCACUAGACAAUGUCCUGGGAAGGAACUCGGUCUAGCCGAGAUAUCGACAUUUCUUCACUACCUAGUGACUAAGUACAAAUGGGAAGAAAUUGGGGGAGAUGAGCUAAUGAAAUUUCCGAGAGUCGAAGCGCCAAACGGGCUUCGGAUUAAGGUUUCGAGCCGCUAG